GUCGGCGGAGAUAUCUCGAAUGCAGUUUUAUAUCAAAUGAGACUAUUUGGCCGGGUAGCUGUAUGUGGCAGCAUUUCAUCGUAUGACGCGGACAUUACAUCUUUGCCGCAGUGCACGAUCCUCCAACCAGCGCUGUUGUUUAAUCAAUUAAAGAUGGAAGGCUUUAUCGUGAAUCGUUGGAAGGACCGCUGGUUAGAAGGGAUCCAGCAGAAUCUUCAAUGGAUUCAGGAAGGCAAGCUCACUUAUCGAGAGACUAUCACGAAAGGUUUUGAAAAUAUGUUCGACGCUUUCAUCGGUAUGAUGCGUGGCCAAAAUAUUGGCAAGGCGAUUGUCCAAGUAUAAAGAUCAAUGUAUUGUAAGGAAAUUUGACUAUAAAAUUUCGAUAAAACACACAUUAUCCACCGAAUGUUGCCGUUCUUUUGUUCUCGGGCGGUACAUUCAAAUGAAUAAUAAUA